GAGUGCAGUUCGUUGAAAUUGCCAAGUGAAGAAAUUCGAAAACGGUCAAACGCGAAACAUACGAUUCGCAAAAGCAGCAAAAAAAAAAAAACAAGUACAAGAAAUUUUUAUUAUUUGUGCAACUGAAUGCUGAGUAAAUGUGUAUAAAGUGUAAACGCUUAGCAGCGUUCAGUUGAAUCGUUAAAUUUUUACCAAUAAUCUUCCAAGUGUUACAAUAUAAAGCGCCAACUCAUAAACGCCAGCUGCAAGUUGAGAAAAGUUUGCCAAGCCAAACGCCAACGAACAGCCAACUGGAAUUGUGAAACAAUGAAUUUAUAUUUUGUUCAACAAAAAAUUGCGUGAAAUUGUGUUUAAAAAUUCGGCAAUCUUGUGGCGUGUGUAGACAACAUCACAAAAAAAAAAAAAAAAGCAAGAAACAAAUGCAAACGCUCGCACUAACAAUAAGCGCUGGCAAAGCGGCCGAAAGCAAAAUGCGCAAAGCGACCAGUAAACUGGUCAUAAAGUGAACGCGCCUGUGAAUUGUGCAUAAAUUUGAAAACAAGAAAACGACAAAGCGCAAGAAAAACGAUUUUUAGUUAAAUUUGUAUAAAAUCCCCGCAAGCCAACAACAGUCCAAGUGAGGUUGAGUGUGGCGCGCAAAAAGUUGAAAAAUAAACAUAAAAUAUAAUAAUAAAUAUAACAAAAAAUAUACAUCUACAUAUAUGUAUAGUUCUUAUAUGCAAAGUUUAAAAGUUGUAUAAAUUUAAGUCACAGCCCGCAAAGCAGACGCGUACGCGCUAGACAUUGAGGAGUUUCAACACUAACGCGCGGCAGUGACUACCAACUUGAAAUAACAUUUUUAUAAAAAUAACUGCAAAUCAUACAAAAAAGUAUAGCAAGUGAUUACAAGUGCUGGAAAAGUGUGCAAUUAAAGCGCUAAACUCACACGCGCAGUCACUAAGCAGAGUAGUUAGCCAAAGGCCAACUAACCUUUAACCAAUACCAAAAACAAAAAAUAAAAAUAAAAAAAAAACACGCACUGACUAAGCGGAAAACAGCAAAGUAAUGGUGUAGUUGUUGGCGCAUGAAAACUUUCCGCUACAAAAACAAGAAAAAAGAAGAAAAGUGAAGAAAGUGCAACCGCCCGUGCGUCACUAGACAGAUCACGCAGUUCAAAAGGAGUGACCAGGCGUGAAAAAUCGCGAAGCAAAAACGCACCGCGCGAGAGUACAAAAACUAACAGACGAGUGUGAUUAUUUGGAAAAAAUAACAGUUAAACGUUUUUGCCAGUUCCCUGUAAUGUGCGACAGGCCCCUGCGCGCCGUGCAAGCAAACGCUGACUAAGCGCCAGCAACAAAAACAGUUGAAAGUGAAAAUUUGCAAGUGAGGACUAGCGCAGCGCGUAACUUUUUAGAACGUCGCACGCGCGCGCGCACGCUUUGUUUCUAUAAACACUGCAUUGUUGUUGUUCUUGUUAAAACGUGUACAAAUGCCGCGUCAGCUGCCAACACACAACAGAUUUACAACAUUUAAGCAAAAACCACAAAAGCGAAAACAUUACAGAGCGUUAAAAAAUAAAAGUGAACAUUUUCUGUGCAGCUGAGUACCAGUGUCUACAAGAAACCCGUUGAUUUCUUACAGCGCAUGCUAAACGCUCACACCCGCCGCUACAACAAAUAAUGGCCAUAGAUUUUCUAAUAUUCGCGCUAUUGCUGUUCUCGUUCGUCAUCAAUUUGCUGGCUUUGGGCGCGUUCUGGGUGACGCCCGGUCUGCGCACCACAGCCAAUCGUUUUACCAUCAAUUUGCUGGUGAUCAAUUUGAUCGGCUGCCUCAUACUGGCGCCCACACUAUUCCUCAGUCAGGCAACGCGUCGCGUCGCUAGCAAGGAUGCCGCCGCCACUGCUAAUGCGUCCACAUUGUCACUGGCCGCAACGGCGAGCGAUGAUCGCAUCGAGAUACUCGCCAAACCGGGUAAUCGCCAGUUGACCAUCAAGCAUAAUGGCAAAUUGGUGGAGCAGGAGGGCGUUAUUGUGCGGCGUAAUUUGACGAGCGCACACGACGCGCGCACCAUUGAAACAAUUUACAAGUGCAAUUCGACUUAUUGUCAGGAGUUGACAAUCGAUGAAGGCACCGAUACAAUUGUUAUCACCGAAAUCGAAGAGGCGAAUCAUCAUGCUGAGAUGGCGAGUGCAGCGCCUAUAGAUGUCGUGGCAGCGCUGCUGCCGCGUCCACAUAUACGUUGCUGGUCCAUCGAUAUGGCGGCCGCUUUGGGCGCGCUGGGUGUGCUGCUUGUCGUCGGCGAUACUUGGUGUGCCGUCACCGAUCCGCUGCGCUAUCAUACGCGCAUAUCCAGUUUGAAGACGUGGAUAUUUAUUGCGCUCACUUGGGUGGUGGGUUUGAUGUUUGGCGCGCUAUCUGCCUUUCGUGAAAUCGAUUUCACCACCAAAACUGUGCUGCACGAGCAGCAAGGAUUUGCGGAAAUGAGUUUGAGCUCCGCGAAUAGUAUUUUUGGCAUUAGCUUCGCCUGCGUUUAUUUCGUCAUCAUCAUAUUGCUGCCGUUCGGCUUCGUGUGUGGCAUGUAUUGGCGCAUAUUUAGCGAAGCGCGUGAAAAUGGCUUGCGCAUGCGCCAGAAUGGUUCAUCACCGCUGUUGCAAAGCGCGCUCAAUUUGACACAUCAUCAGCAAAGCUCAUCGCUGCAGUAUGCGAAUAUGUGCGCACAUCGCAACUCCGUUUCGUCGGCGUCAUCGAAUGGUGGUGGCAGCGCUUGUGAACGUGGCGGCCUACAAAUGCAGAUUGAUCAUCGUAAAAGUUCGCCUGUGUGUGUGCGUCGCGAUUCCGCCGCCAAAGUGCUGUUGCCCACCAUCUCCGAUGAUGGUUUGUCCGAUGAAGCGGCACAACUCGAAUCCGGCGAUUACAAUGCCGAACCGCUGGUGCCACUCACACAGCAACCCAACUAUGCGGAUCGUAAUCAAAAUAUUCUGCUGACGCUACAAGCUGCGAGCGGUGAAAUCAAGCGCAAUUAUUCGGCACGCCAGCUGCCUUUGCUCGGCACAUCUUCGCAGGAUUUGCUGGACACGAACAGACUAGAAGGUGUACGUCAAGUGCACUCUUCGCCCAAUCUACAUAAGUAUACACAAGAUUCGCUGGAGACCAGCUGUUCGCCACACCUGUUGGGCCAUGCAGAGUUGCAUCCGCACGAAACCGCCACCAACAGCACCACCGCCGGCAUACGCCAACAACAUUUUGUGUCACCGAACGCACACAACCGCCAGCACUCGCACGUGUUGCAAAUACCUUGCCUGCCGCAUAGCUCACCGAAAGCGCUUAGCUACAUGUCAACGCUACGUCAUCGCCUUUCGAACGCCUCAUCGCUCUUUAAGUAUCGCGAGGAGUCGCGCACGGUGCGCAUCAGCAUUUUAGUGAUCAUUAUGUUCCUGGUUUCGUAUUUGCCUUUCGGCUUCCUGGUUUUGCUGCAGAGUCGCCUGCCCAGCGCCAACUUUGAACAUUCCACACAGCUCGCCAUCUUCAUGCUGCUGCUGGGCAAUCUUACGUCACCGUUCAUAUUUGCGUAUCGCAAUAAACGCGUACGCCGCGGCGUUAAACGGCUCUUCGGUUUCGAAGUCAGCACACGUGAGCGUUCGCUGCAGCGUCAGAGCAGUUCCAGCGGACGUGGCAGUGGCUUUCUCAAUCGUCAUUGCGCAGGCACGCGCAACGGCGCCAACAUUCGACGUAACAUCAGCAAAGUAUCCACAUAUUCGUUGAACUCCUGUAAAUUUCUAACACCACAGAAUUCGCUCAGCAGCGCCGUUGUGCCGCCAGUAGCAACGGCCGCCAACCGUCACAGCAGUCCCGCGCGCAUACAUGGCCUGCGCCCGAACAGCAGUUGCAGCACUAUCAUCAAUUUCGGCGCGCCACCAGAUAAAGAGCAGGCGCUGCCAACGUCACAGCAGCUGCAGCAACAGCAAACAACAGCAGUAGAGGCUACACCAAAGACUGCAAGCAAGUCAUGUGACACACCUACCGCUCUCAAAGCCACAUACGUAUUGAACAUGAAUGGCAUUUCACCGAAUGGCACCGCGCGCAUUAGUGAAGCGCUGCCAGCGGCGAAUGGCAAAUUCACGCCAAAGCGCAGUCUAUUUAAGAUCUUCUUUCAAGGUUCAAAGAAUCUGGGCUGCGCUGCAGCACAAUCAUGCGCGCAAGGCAAAGAUGCAGAAGUGGAGCCAGCCGACGUAUGAGCUGUGCAGCAGCAACAUAGCCUUGGCAGGAGGCCUAGCGAAAGUCUAAGGUACAGCGUCGCCGACAGCGUAUUAGCACAAUUGCUUGUGUCAAUCAUCAGCUUAGCUAUGUUAUGUACCAAGCCGAUAUUGAGAGGCGCAUACAGCGGUCUACGCAACGCAGACACGAAUGUGCAGUCCAUAAACGGCCGGCAGCUGACAAAGCAGUAAAUCGAGUGCUACAGCAGUCCGCAAAUGGACACCGACAUAGUCGUCAACACAAUAGCAGCAGCAGCAACAACAAAUGACAGCAUAGCGGUAAGCGCAUUGCAGUCAAACCAGCAGCAACCAGUCAGUAUUAAGUAUAUACUUUAAACACAUAUAUAUACAUAUGUUUUUUAUGUGCUAAUAGAUUCUAAAUAUGCUAGCGUUUGUUUGAAAAAAUUCUAUCAUGAAACCACGAGCUUUGUUAGUGGGCGUUUUAAGCUGCCGCGCGCGCCAGCAGUUGAAUUUAUAGCAAGUUUGCAUACAUAGUUAGUUGUGUAUGUGUCCAAAAUUUAUAUUAUAGCAGUUUUUUUCCGAAAUUAAAAACUUAAGAAGGCCAAAAUAUGGGCUUGAGCGCGAAAAGUGUGUUACAAAUGUUAAAUUUUACCAAUAAGAAAGUGAGCUUAAGCAGAUUACACAAUUUGAAAUUGUAAUUGAAAUAAUAAAAUCAUGCAAGGUAUAGAGUAUUAGAAAUUUGUAGCUAACUUUUGCCCAAAUUGUAACCGAAUUGUAUACAAAUUGUGACUAAUUCAUAAACAAAAUAUAUCUAAAUCUUAUCAAAAUUGUAUAUACUUGUAGUACUUUGUAUCAAAUUGCAUUUGUUUGAGCUGAAAUUGUAACUACUUUGUAUCUAAAUCUGUUAAUUGGCACAGAAAUUGGAUAUGUUUCGUACCGAAUUUUGUGAAUUAGUACUGAAAAUGUUGUUAUUUGUAGCCAAGUUAUUUUGAUUUUCAAUAAAUGUUUUUCCUCACCUAAAAUAUACCGAAAUUGUAUCCAAUUUCUAUUCAUUUCGUAUACAAUUUAUACCCAAUUUGUACCGAAAAUGUUGUUAUUUGUAUCCAGCUUGUUUUAAUUUUCAACAAAUGUUUUUCCUUAC